AUGAACUCCAUCCAGGACCGGUGCCGUCCGAAGCACCAAGUCCUCGUCCUGAAAUGCUAUCCACGCACGAGAAAGGGCGCUGUCGAUGUCAAGCCCAACUCUAGCGAGCUUAGCUAUUUGCUCUUUUACGCAACUUCGCGACGCUCCAAAAUCCAAAAGAUUGGCUCCUUUCUUGAAAAGAAGACGGCCAGCGAUGUCUGGAGAGUCCGCAUCGGAAAUGUCCAAGUCACCCUGCAGAUCCUUGCCGCUCUCAUCGAAAAGUCUCCCAAGGACCUUCCUCUGAUUGCGCCAUGCGUCCUGCGCGUCCUCAACCUUGUCCUCGAAUCCCAAGAUAUCACCAUGAUAGAGUCUUCCAUACCCACUUUCGAAGCCUUUUGUGAUAACCACGACGCGUCGUCCCUCUUCGCCGACCAGGGCUAUGUCCAGCAGUACGAGUCCGUCGUGCGUGCCUACGCGAACUUUGCAUCCGCCAAAUAUGUACCCACCAAAAUUCCCUCGAGCAAGCCCGUCCUCAUGCGAUGGCGGAACGCCGGCCUUGAGGCCAUCCGGAGCAUCGCUUCGUCCGAGGCCCUGUCCUCUCUCGUUGGUCGCCAAUUACCCGUCAUCGUCCCCAUCAUCCUCGAGAACCUUUGGAACGAUAGCGACGGCUUCCUCGAGACAUUGCACUCUAGGGUGGAGAUGGAGGAGCGCGUCGAUUCCGAAAAGCUCACCCGCCGUCGCAUGAGCAUCGCGACCGUCCGAACCGCUGAUACCGCAGGCGACACCAACCCCAUCGCGCUGUCGGGAACCGCUUUCGACGUCGAUAAGCUCGCCGAGGAGGAUAUUUCCGUCCUUGCGAUGCAGUGCCUCAAGAUGAUCUUCGUUGUCCCUAAUCGACCCCAGAUACAUGCCGCCACACAGGCGCUUCUCGCCUUCAUCGAAAACAAGAUUGGGCAAGGCGAGUUGGUGAUGCAACGAGACCCCAGGACCGGCCGAAAUCUCGGCUGGGCCAUCACAAUCUUUGAGCAGGUGGCUCGGUGGGCGCCUGUUCAAGAUCGCUACAUGAUUCUCGUCACGACCAUGGACACAAUGGUCCGAACCCUGGUUCGGGAUGAAAAUCUACGCGUUCAUCUGGCCCUGACAGCCAUGGUCGGGUCCCUACUGCGAUCCGAUAUCAAUCUCAUUGGGCUCAGUGUCAUGGACGUCCUCUUGCAGUUAAUCCAGCAGAUGAAGAAACUCAUCCUCCUUCCUCCGGUCAGCGACGACGAAGCGGAUGAUGCUCAGGGCCACGAGAGCGGAGGCCGCCGCCAAACCCCGGUCGAACAAGCUCGCCUUGUUGAAGAGCAGAGGGCCGACCUCCUCGCCCAGAUCGAACGCUGCAUGGGCGAGCUCGCCACUCAUAUUUACUACGCCGAUCAAGUGUCCGAUAUGAUCUCGACCAUCCUCCAGCGCCUCAAGCCCGCUCGGUCUGGCAGCACAAGCUCCUCUCCUCACGCCGAACAGGACGAUGACGCGACCGACCUCGUCGACCGAACCUCGCACAUCGAAGCCUACUUCUCCUUUGGGGCCGCCAAGGUUGCCGCCCUCCGAGCGGUCAAGUCGAUCCUCCUCGUUGCCAAUCCCCCAUCCAAGUCGACGAGCACCCGCUCGUUGUCCCGAAACCGGGUGCCUCUCCACGUCUGGGAGGGAACCCACUGGCUGCUCCGGGAUCCCGAUGGCCAGGUAAGGAAGGCUUACGUUGAUGCUCUCAACACGUGGCUCGACCGGGAGACGAGCCGCGCGGAUCUGAGGGUGCAAAACGAUGCGGUGGCGCAUCGGCAACCAGGCAAGGUUAGCAAGGAAGUUGGCGCCGGUGCCUUUGCGCGGCGAGCGGCAUCUUCCGCCUCCAACCACGACAAGCACGUCAGGGCAUCUGGCUCGAGGUUUCUUCAGCUUCUUCACAUCGCGGUGUACGACAACGCCCUCCAGCACGUCGAAUGCGACGCCGAUUACGUGCUGAUGCACGUCCUGUUGCUGAAGCUCGUCUUUACGCUUGGCGUGAACGCGGUGCGAUAUGGCCUACCGAUGAUCUACCGACUCCAGGAAGACAUCCUGGACGCCGAGACACCCUUGCACAAGGUUCGAAUCGGCAGUCUGGUGCACGGGUAUUUUUGGACGCUGACAGAGUGCUUCGAUUUCGAAGCCUCGGUCGUCGGGCGUGCCAUUACCAACGAAAUUAUUCGCCGGCGCAGUAAACAGUUUUGGGUGGAAGGUGUCACGAUCCCUGCGCCGCCCAUUGACCGAAUCAGCACACCGGGGGUUUCUUUGCCCGAAGCCCAGCUCCCGCUGAACGAGAUCGAGUCCGAGUCCCUCUUGCCUUUUGACGACCGGCUUUCGCUGGUUGAGUGCGUCGCUGUGGGGUACCAAGAGGUGACGGUGUCGCCCGCUGCGAGCCCGGCCGCGUCUCCAGGGCGGACGUUUGCGCAGCCGAUGCUAGAUUCUUCCCUCACCUCGGGCACGAUUGCACUGACGACGACGGAAUGCGACCUUCCCAACCAGUACCGAGAGCUAAUGCUUGUGGAAUGGACGAGAGAUCAGGCUGUCAUGGCUCUCCAAUCGGGUAGCAGGUCGGCGUCCUUGAACGGAUCCAAGGCGGGCACGACGGGAACGAACCGGAACCGACUGGCCGUGAACGGGGGCGGCGCGAAUGGCCACACAUCCCGAGGGUAUAUCGCCUCGGUGGAUCAACUUAAGCAGGUCCUCUCGGGACAGAUUCAAUAUCCCAUGCCGGGGACGGCGGGGGCGUUGGAUGGAGAUUCGGACAGCAUCGAUAGCAUGGUUAGCUACGAAUACUCGCCAUCAGAACUAAGCGUCAACCCAGAAAGUCAACCGCCGCCCGCCGAAGCGGCUGCACCGUAUUCCGGAGGUCUGCAAAGGACCCCAUCCAAGGGUCGCAGCACGGGACCGCUCACAUCCAACCCCACGCAUGAAGCAAGGCAGUCCAUGGAAGCCGUGCAGGAGGCCGAGGUUAACCAGCAGACUGAAGAUGUGCCGCCCGUCCCGCCACUGCCAACGAUUGCCGUCCUGGCAUCAUCUAAGAGCAGCGAACCUGGCGCUGCCCAAUUGUCUCGGGGACAAGAUGGGGCGCGAUCUCCUGGCCGGGCGGUUAGCAGCCGCGGAGGUGACCGACCCCGCACGAGCCGAAGCAUGGACCGCCGGAUCAGCAGCCGAGGCGGCGAGCGAAACAUUAGCAGCCGCGGGGGUGAGGUGCAGCGAGGCGUAUCGAUGGCGGAGAGCACGAGGUCGGGCGUGGUGGACCUCGAUGAGCUGCUCAGGGGAUCGAUAGCCGCAACGGCGAGGAAGCACGAUGGUGGCAAGCAGGAUGACGACGCCCACGCUGGCGGUGGCGGGAACGAGGGCGGCGUUCCGGGCGGUCGGCGGACAGGCGGCGGACGUGGCGCCCAUCGUGGGGACGGGUCCGCCGCCGCAGGCGCCCGUGAGCCAGGCGGAAGAGGCGCUGGCGAGGGUCAAGAAGCGGAGGCGGCAGGCGGAGAUGCUGAAGCUGGCGAAGCAGAGCAGGGCGGGGGCAAGCCGUUGUCCAAGAGGUUUUGGAAUGAAGUGCAUGUCAAGGAAGUUGAUGGCUCCCUCCAAGUUUUCCUCGACACCCGAGUCCUCCGACACCCAACAACCAAAGAAAUCAUCCAGAUCCCGACGACCAAGCCGCACCUCGCCACAGCGCUCGCGCUCGAGUGGGAUCUCCUCACGUCGGUGCAGGACGCGACGCGACAGCACCUCAUCCCGCUCACCAGCCUCGUGUGCCGCGCGCUGGACCUAGCAGCGGAAGACGCGACGCACGCGACGGGCCCAGGCAGCGGGGUGGGGCCGGCGCGGGCGCAAAUCACCAAGAUGGUGAUGCGGUACCUGGACACGGACUCGGUGCUCUGCUGGGCGCCGGAGGGCGACGUGACGCAGCAGGACGCGCAGGGCCGGACGCUGCGGGAGCUGCAGCAGGCGUCGGCGGAGGAGGUGGUGGGCUACCUGGUGUCGCGCGUGUGGCCGGGCAUCUCGCUCGUGCCGGUGCUGGACGAGAACUCCAUCAUGCCGCGCAGCCAGGACGAAGGGUCCCGCGCGGUGGUGGAGGGCUGGGUGGCGGGGCUCUCGGCGUGGGAGCUCGCGGGCCUGGAGAGGGCGGUGCUGUCGGCCAAGAGCUUGCUCAUCGCCGCGCGCCUCCUCGUGCAGUGGAGCGAGGAAGGGGCGGGCAUCGCGUCCCGGGGCGGCGGCGAGGGGCGGGAGCGGUUCGGCGUGGAGGCGGCGGCUAAGGCGGCGGGGAUCGAGGUGGCGUGGCAGACGGGGAACUGGGGCGAGGUGGAGGACACGCACGACGUGGACAGGGAGGAUAUUCGUAGGCAGCUUGGCGGAGUGGUGCUCCUCGUGGCCGGGACGGGCAAGGAGUAA